AGAGUUUGCUUUAUUAAUGAAAAAGUUUAUAACAAAGUGUUUAUUUCAUUAGCCUUAUUCAGUCAUAUACAUGCAAUGUUUAUUGGUAGUAGUGAGGUCCAUAUCUGAGCGAGUGUCCGUGUCCAAUAGAGCCCCAUGGAGUAUUAUGGCGUGCUAUGGCAUUUGCAAGAAGUCUGUUUACAUAUCCAGGUGAGGCAGGGCCACCCGCUGCGGGACCAGCGUCUGAUGGAGCUGCGAAACGCGGGGCGGCAACUGCUGGAGCGACCAAUCCAUGCGCUGCUACUGCUGGAGCGACGAGACCAUUACCGGACCAUCCUGCCCAACCAUAUCCAUGUUGGGCGACUGCGAUUCCAGCCAGAAACAGACAAACCUUUCGCAAAAAUUAUUAUUAAUUAAUUAGUAGGUAUUUUAUAUGUUGCAUUUAUAAAAUUAUAAACCAUGCAAAUGUAUUGAGAAAUUAAAAAUUCAUAUCUUCUGACCACAUUAUAGUAUGUUUGUUGUUAAUAGUAUAUAUCAUUUUCUUUAACUUACUAAGACGGUCUUCAUGUUUAGACUUGUUGAUCUCUUACCUCGGAUAAUUAUGCCACUUCUUCCAGAGCUACCGGUAUAUAUAGUCCCGUUGGGCCUUGGGCAAGAGGAAGUCUGUUGUACUUCUCUGGUGAUGUUUUCCUGUUAUUCACACCUUGUGGCAAGUGGUGGGUUGUCGACUUGUCUUUUAGAGUUUAAAAAAAUAGUUAUAUAUGCCGUAGUUUUAUAUUAAUUUUAGGAUAGAGUUCUCUUAAAUUUUUAGUAGAGGAUAGUGAAUUGAACCAUUUUACAAAUUAAGAAUAAAUUGAAAUCAAUAGUUCAUUUAUUAAUCUCGGAAGAGUGUACCUAAUCUGUAAACAAAACAAAAACAAACUAAAGAGAACCACAAUAGUAAUAGUGCAUGGCCUCUCAACAGUGUUGAGUCACUAAAUCACACAGCAUACUCAUCAGACCAACAGACAUUAUUUAAAACUAGAAAAGAAUUACAUUUGGUAUCUUUUGAAUAGAGUAAACAUGUUAAAUGUUAUUUCAUUGCUCCUAUCACCUACCCCCACAACCUAUCGGCAAGCUCCUUGCAUCCUCUCUUAUUUUGUCCCAGUUUAACUAAGGAUGUGUGGUUUACAGAGGCAUCCCAUCCGGAUGGUAUUCGAGGAUAGAUUGAAGCGGCUUGUGAACUUAUUAAGAUUUGGCUCCGGUACUUCGAGGCGGUCUCACGUGUCCUACGUUUACGGCGAAUUAAAAUGGCACAAUAUUUCCUUUGAUCUUACCUAUUCUAAAUGAUAAACACCCUUCCUACAUCUACAAUCUCCUACAGUUCAAACAUGUGGUCCACUCCCAGAAUAACAAGAUCCGGCGAUUCUGUACUUUAUACACCUUCACAUUUUAAUUUUCGCCCAAGAUAUUUUAAUAUUCCUUUAUUCAUUUAUUUAUUCAAUAAAUUGAAGUGAAAUAAAUUUUAGGAAUCAAAUUUUGGUUGAGUUAGAUGGUUGUUGAAAUUGUUUGUGUUUUAAUUUUAAGAAUCAACUCAUAGUGCUAUUACCAUUUUUUUAAAAUCUGUUUCCCCCGAUUUCUGUUUUUCUUUUCAUUUCAAUAAUGUUUGCAUUUUUAAAAUGGUUUUACUUUUUGUUUCUUCUUUAUUUUCACUAAAGAUGUUGUAUACAUUAUUUAAUUUUGAUAAUUGUAGUAUUUGGCCGGAUAUGUUUUUUGUAAUGGUGAUUCCUAGGUUUUCAACGCGGUUUUCAACGGAGGAGCUGAAUAUGAAGGGAUAAUCGUUGAUGACUAAAACAAAAAGAAAGGAGUUGGAUUUAAGAGUUUGAUACAUUGUCAAAAGACAAAAUAUAAUGAGGGAAGAUUAAAAUAAUGUGAAUUUACUCUUUAUACUCUUUAUCAGGAUUCAUUCAAUUUACCUAUUUAAACAAUGGUAAAAAGAUACCAAGUACUCCUUUUUUCUAGUUUUAUAUAAUGUCUGUUGGUCUGAUGAGUAUGUUGUGUAAUUUAGCGACUAGACUCUGUUGAGAAGCCAUGACUAUUAUUAUUGUAGUUUUCCCUAGUUUUUUUUUUUUUUUUUUUUGCAGAAAUCCGUACAAUCUUCUGAGACUUAUUCUUUUAUAGAUUGAUAGGCGAUAUCUUAAUUAAUAAAUAAACUAUUGAUUUCGAUUUAUUCUUAGUUUGUAAGAUGUUUCAAUUCACUAUCCUCCACUAAUAAUUUAAGAGAACUCUAUCGUAAAAUUAAUAUAUAACUACGAUGUAUAUAACUAUUUUUUUUAAAACUCUAAUAGGACAAGUUAACGACUCACCACAUACUAAAAUGGGUGAAUAACAGGAAAACAUCAGCAGAAAAUACAACUGACUUCCUAUUGCACAAGGCCCAACCGGACUAUAUAUACUGUUAGCUCUAGAAGAAGUGGCAUAGUUACCCGAGAUAAAGAUCAACAACUCUAAACAUGAAGACCGUCAUAGUUUGUCUGUUUCUGGCUGGAGUUGCAGUUGCCCAACAUGGUCAUGGCUGGGCAGGAUGGGCCGGUAAUGGUUUCGCCGCUCCAGCAGUAGCAGCUCAUGGAUUGGUCGCUCCAGCAGUUGCCGCCCCACGUCCAACUUACGCCGGUCCCGCAGCUGGAGGCCCUGCCUCUCCUGGAUACGUAAACAGGCUUCUUGCGAAUGCUAUAGCACGCCACAAUACUCCAUGGGGCGCAAUUGGACACGGGCACUCUCUCAGAUAUGGACCUCACUACUACCAAUAAACAUUACAUAUAUAUCACUGAAUAAGGCUGUUGAAAUAAACACUUUAUAAUAAACUCUGUCAUUUAUGAAUUCAACCUCCCUAGCAGAAAUAAUUACGUUCCUUUCAGUAUAUAAACA